AUGUCUGAUCUCGACGACGAGCUCCUCGCCCUUGCUGGCGGUGAUUCCGACGACGAUGGCUCCGUCAGCCGUGGACGUGGUGGAUCUGAUUCGCCCCGUCCUGCCAAGAAGGAGUCUGGCAAGUUGGCAAAGACGAAACGAAGAUCGAGGGCUGAUGAUUCAGAAGAGGAAGGUGAAGCGUCAUCGAAUCCCUCAUCACCGAACUCUUUGGCAUCAGCUGCCAUGGAUGAAUCCGAUUCGGACGCAGAGCCGACACCAAGACGCGGCGGAACCGACGAGGAUGACAAGUAUCCGGUUGACGGCAUGUUCAUAAGCGAGGCGGAGAAGGCGGAAAUCAUGGCCCUGCGAGAAGUUGAACGAGAACAAAUCCUAGAAGAGCGUGCCACCGAAAUUGAACGUCAACGCCAACGACGUCUCCUACGGCAGAUGGUGGAGGAUGUGGAAUCCAAGAACGCCAAGAAGAAGCGCAGUGCCGACACUGCAGAACUAGAUGACAGCCAGCGAAAGCCCUCGCGGCAACGCACGGACAAGGCGGAGACGGCGAUGGAUUCCCUUCGACGGGCUCGAGCUGAAAAGGCGAAGCGGAGGGAAGACCAGUCGCACGGGCGCGAUUAUUCACCAGCACGGCGGGAUUCGGAUCACGAGGCGAGCGACGGCGAUCUUGGUCGGGUCAGGCUGCGAUCGAGAUCGCGAUCGCGAACUCCCGAGAAGGAGCCCGAAGAGGAGGCGCCACCACCAGAGCUGAAGGAUUUUGAGCGAUUAAGACUGGGUCGCAAUGAGUUUGCCCAGGUCUGCUUUACACCUGGGUUCGAGCCGGCUAUUACGGGCUGCUAUAUUCGCAUUGCCUUGGGGCCGCAUCCCGAGACUGGGAUUGAGCAGUACCGGAUGGCAGUCAUCAAAGGCUUCACUACCAGUCGACCGUAUGCCCUAAACGGGCCCAACGGGCCAUUCGUCACGGACCAGUACGUCAAGGCAUCACACGGCAAGGCCACCAAGGACUUUCCCUUUAUCGCUGCAUCAAGCGGCAAGUUUUCCGAGAACGAGCUCAACCGCUACCGAGUGACUUGCAAUAACGAAAACGUCAAGCUCCCCACAAAGGCGUAUCUGACGGACAAGAUUGACGAGAUCAACAGCCUGAUCAGUCACAAGUGGACGGGCGAAGAGAUCAAGGCCCGGCUGGCACGAAGAAACGAACUCAAGCGCCGGUUCGACCCCGCCGAACGCGAGCGAAUCGCCAGGCUCCUGGACGACGCAGUAGCGCGAGGGGAGGAGAGCAAGGCGCAAGCGCUGCAGGAGGAACUGGAAAAGCUAGGCAGCCAACGCCUGGCUUUCCGAACGACGCUGGGGGCGUCGAGGGACGCGGGCGGCGCGGCCAGAGGCACGUCGGAGCAGGAUCGCCUGGCAGAGCGGAACCGGGAAAACAGGCGCAUGAACGCGGAGCUGGUGCGCAAAGCGCAGCUCAAGGAGAAGGCCAGGGCGCGGGAGAUUGAGAUGGCCCUCAAGCGGGGCGAGCAAGUGGCCGACGACCCUUCGCGCCGGCUGCGCACCAAGGCCAAGUUUGUGCACAACGUCAACGAGGCGUCGCAGAAGCCGUCGGCCAACGGCAGCGAGGCGAGCACCCCGGCCAACGGCACGCCCAGGGUGGCGGCCACGAGGCCCGAGAUGCAGUCGCACCUGGCCAAGCUGCAGGAGAAGAACUACAAGGAGGUGAACGGGGUGCCGACGAUCCACAAGCCCCUGAUGGAUGACGAUGUCAUUGGGGCGCUGGACCUGGAUAUCGACGUGGAGAUUUAG